AUGUUAUUUUUAUUAGAUAACCAGCAUUAUAAAGAAUUUGAUAAAAUAUUUCAACAAGAAACAAUUAAGCAAUUUAAACCUUUUAUUGCUUAUAACUUUUGUGGAAAGUAUUAUUGUUUAUAUUUUAAAACUAUAUUAAAUGAUAUUGAAAUAUAA